ACUAAGAAUCACUUACCACAGAGCACCGUGAAUAUCUUCUUUGGUUCGGACCGUCAACACUGCUCGGCUUCGCUAUUUCUCCUCUUUCCCUGAUCAGCAGGGCGAUCCCCCGGAACCGUUGCAACUCCUCGUUCAUCUGCUCGAUCGCCCACUGGUCUUUACAAAGCUCGCAACAGCUUCGCAACGCCUCGAACUCGAGCAAUCACAAUUGCAACAUGUUCUGGGAUGUCAAAGUCAUCACCGCUCCGUCCUCGGACACGGACCUCUCCCUGGUCGUCACGUUUGACCAGGACAAGUACUUUAUCAACUGCGGUGAAGGGACUCAACGAGCAUGCACCCAGCGAGGGGUCGGAUUCAAGAAGAUGGACGGCAUCCUGUUGACCAACAGCGGUAGCGGGGUUGGAGCUGGGUUGCCUGGCGUUCUGAUGUCGGCGGCGGAUUCGGGAGUACCAGGCGUCAAGAUCGCUGGGCCGGAGGAUGCGUUGCAGUACUUGGUUUCAUGCAGAACGUUUGUGCAGAGGGAAAAGUUCUCGGUCAACUGGUUACCUCAUCCUGAAGACCCUUCAAAACCGAUCCACCACCCCAACCACCUAUCAAUCCGUGCCAUUCCCCUCUCAUCGAUCGCCGCACCUCCUUCGUUCCCCACCCCGCAGCAAGAUUGGGAAUGGAGGGACGUCGACCUCGAGUUGGACAGCUUGUCGCCGGAUCAGCUGGCAGGGUGGAGAAGAACAGUCCUGGCGGACAUGUUCAAGAAGGAUGGGAACCUUUCUGGACAGGCCAAGGGGGCGAAUACCAACGAUACUUCUCCAGCCAACGAUCCCAAACCCAGCGGAGGAGGUUCAAUGUCCAAUCUGAAGGUGAUCAACCCGCCGUUGCCUUCGACUUCGGCCACACCGGACGGACACGUUCCGAAACCUAUCAGACAGUUCCACCCAGCUCGAAUGCAUAUCCCUCAACCCAUCCCGCACCCAUCUUUCUCCUUCACCGCUGGCUCUACCGCAGGAAUAUCCGACCCAGACCUUCGAUAUGCAUACAUCCUCCAAGCUCCACCUGUGAGAGGGAAGUUUGAUAUCAAAAAGGCCGAAGCGUUGGGUGUUCCCAAAGGACCGAGCAGGGGCCAGUUGAUUCAGGGGGGUUCCAUCGAGGUGGACGACGGGGCGGGAGGGAAGAAGGUGAUCCGAUCAGAAGAUGUCUUGGGGGAAACUCAGGAUGGAGGGGCUUUCAUCAUGGUCGAUAUCACGGCUGCCCAUCUACCGCGACUGCUAGACGAUCCGGCGUUCAAAGAGUAUCAGAGCAUCGAAAGUACGGGCAAGCCCGAGAAGCAGGCUCGGUUAGUGGUUCAUCGGAUCACGGAUGAGGUGAUGAGGGACGAGCGAUACCAAGCGUGGGCGAGGGCGUUUGGAAAGGAUACUCCUCACCUGGUGGCCAAUAUCGACCGGUGGACAGAUAGCGUGACCUUUUCAUCUAGUGCGAGGAAUAUACUCAAGCUCGGUCUAUUGGAUGACAAGCUCUUCAAGCCGAUCUGCGUGGAAGAUCUGGGCCAGAGCGAUGGACCUGCCAUCGAGCCGUUCAUCGAUCUCAAGCCGUACCAUACCACCAGAAUAUUCCCUCCAAGUCCGCCUGUGGUCGAACCGGCUGUGAAGGGUGAUCCUGGGUACCCCGCCAAGGACGAGCUGGAACGAGCCAAAGAGAUGGUUUUGCAGGAAAUGCCAGAGUAUGCUCAGCUCGUACGGGAUGCGCUGGCGAAGACGAUGGAUGUCGAUGAAGAUAUGGCUGCUGGGGACGAUCACGGGAUGAUCGUCACGCCACUCGGAACAGGCAGUGCCAUUCCUUCGAAAUACCGAAAUGUGUCGGCCACAGUCGUCGAGAUACCAGACUUUGGUAAUAUCCUGCUCGAUGCAGGGGAAGGCACGCUCGGACAACUGAAAAGGCGUUAUGGGAGCAGUCUUUGGACCGACAUGCUGUCCAAGACGAAGAUCUUGUAUAUCAGCCAUAUGCACGCGGAUCAUCAUCUCGGCGUAAGACGGAUCUUGGAAGAGCGUAUAAGGCACAACCCGACGGAGACUUUAUACCUCGUCGCGCCCUCUUUCAUCGCCCUGCACCUGAUCGAGAACGGAAUGCACCUCGACGACCCGGCGAACAAGCUUUGUUACAUCGAUAAUUACCACCUCGUCGAUGGCAUACGGACGGACACCCGAUCGCCUUCCCGGACGCCUUCGCCAGAACGAGCUGAAGGGCGUUUCGAAGGUGUGACAGAGGGCAAGCCGAGAAGAAAGAGUCCGAGACAGAUUGCUGUGCAACGUUCACGCGAAUGUUUGAGGGAGCUGGAUUUGGAAUGCCUGCAUGCUCCCGAGGUCGAGCAUCGCGGUCGAGCAUACGGUCUGGCCAUCACCCACCGGUCCGGUUGGAAGAUAGCAUACUCGGGAGAUACGAUGCCGUGCGAUAGCUUGGUGGAAGCUGGACAGGGCGCUACCCUUUUGAUUCACGAGGCUACUUUGGAGGAUGAAAAUGCCGCGAUGGCCGUCAUCAAGGGGCACAGCACGUUCGGCCAGGCGGUGGAUAUCGGAAGACGGAUGAAGGCGAAAUACGUCCUACUCAACCACUUUUCGCAACGAUACCCAAAGUUGCCUCGGGUGCAGCCUGUACCGAUCUCGGAGCAAGACGAUGCGACCAGGUCGAACCCCAAAGUCGCCCUAGCUUUCGACCUGAUGACCUUGCCGCUGAGGUCCUUUGACAAGGUAGCCGGGUACACGGACGCCAUGGAGGUCUUGUUCAAGGAGGAAGAAAAGGAGGACGUCGACAUCGAUGGGUCCGGCGAGACCGAGAGCGGGGGGAAGCAACAGAAGAACGGCAAGGCGCCCAAGGGAAAGAAAGAGAAGAAUGGCAAUGGCAAUGGAUCGACGGAGCUGUCUAAUUCUCAACGGAGAAAGAUGGAGAGGAAGCAGCAGUGGGAGACGAAAAAGACGCCAGGGGGGUGUUCGUCCCCUGUCGCAGGAGAGAAACGGCAGAGCGGGCCGAAGGACGAUGUGGAUAUGGAGAGGGGGACCGUCAAGCGGACCAAAAGCGAGAAUGUAGUUCUGCCUUCGGAGUCGGCCGCGUGAGGUGAAAGAUAAGACUGGAUCGUCCCUGAUCUCGUAUGGUGACAUGCAUGGCAUACAAUGUAAUGAAUAAUGUCACGAUCACAACAUUGGAGAGAUACCUUCUUGUUUG